AUGUCACAUCGAACAGUGGAUGUUUUUUACGCUUCUCUCUUACUUUUCAUUUCUCUGAAGAAGGUCGAAAGCUUUCAACUUGAUGGCAACAGAGGUUUGAGGCGAGAGAUUCAGACACAUAGUGCUGAAAGUCGAGUGUCAUACGGAAACUUUGCGGUUGACAAAUUCCGUCGUCUUCAAGUAUCAGUUGGUUCAUCCAGAUUUGUGAGCGACUUCAAAGAGUGUGCUCUGAGCUGUGUCAACAAUCCGCCAUGUUCAUCAUUCAACGUCGCCUCUUCUGCUCGAUCAGACGGAAAAUUGCGUUGUGAGUUGUUAAACAAAGAUAAAUACUCGGCAAGUCCAGGCCAGCUGGUUAGUUCACAGGAAUAUCAUCAUUACGAAAUCAAGGUACGUAAAGAAGAACAUUGAUAUAAUCCAUUUGUAUAUCAGACGCGGUGGUGCACCAGGUGAGAGCUCUGUAAAAUAGAGGUCUUUACUUACAUAACAAUCCUUUUAAAGCGGUUUUUAGAUCUCUCUUUAGAGAUCAUGGACGGAUCUAAAAAUAUUUAGCAGUUUGUGGCGCAUUUAAAUCACAUGGACAAUCCUUAGGGGUUCUUUCCUUAUCCCCACCAGAGCAGUUUAUGGCCCAAAAAGAGAAAGCAUACGUGUAACCUCAUUUGCUAGAGAGAAAAGUACUGUACUAGGCUCUCGUUCCUUAAACUUGCAUUCGUGCGAAUAAUCGCUGAUUGCCGUGCCCCUUCAUUUCUGCUCGUAUUCAUUGACUGACAUAAGCCGCUCUGGAGCAGAAAAUAAUGAUUACUUCGAAUUAAUGCAGCAUUUUAUCUCGUGCACAGACACCAUGCUCAAGCUUUCCUUGUCAAAACAAUGGAACUUGCGUUCCAGAUUAUUCUGAAGAUCAAUUCCAUUGUGAUUGUCAUCCUGAAGACUUUGGGAAUCUUUGUCAAACAAGUAAGAAAGCAGUGUAAACAUUUCUACUUUUCACUUCUUUAUUUGUAAAUGGGGUAGAAAACAUCUAGAGCUGUUUUAUUGUUUGAGUUAUGUAUCCAGUCAUGUGGAUGGUGGAGUGAUCUGAUUAAGACAGGCGCAUUUAAGAGAUUAACUUUUAACUACGUCCCCUUGUUCAAGCCUGUAGGCUUGGUCAUUAGCUUGUAUUUCUACAAAAUUUUUUUAAUCUUUUAUUUUUAUCGUUUAGUGCUUAUGUCUUUUUUCCCUUUCAGCGCUAACGUCAUGCAAAGAAGCGUACAAUUUGAACAGGUGAGUUUUGCCGACGUCAGGUGUCUGGCUUAUAGGUACCUUGGUCUGAAAAAAAGACAGAACCAAUUUAAAACAGUAAAACCAUACUAAGUAGCUAAAUAUGGUAAGCAAAGAAUGUUUACUUGAAACGAAAAUCUGAAUACUCCAUUGAGGACGAGAAUCAUUUGUCCUGGGAUCAGGAAUUUUUCAAGAAUCAGAGGAUGUCUUCCUACAGAAGACAUUUUUCUGACACAUGUAUAAAACUCACUAUCACCAAACCAAAGAAAAUAAACUUCUCCAUAGCUCCUUGAACCUUUUCAACUAAACAGGGAAAAGGAGGGUUUGAAAACACGAUUGUUUUUUCCAAAUUAUCCCCACCCGUGCACGCACCAGCAUUACUUUCCACAAUGAGAUCUCGUAGUUGGUAAAAGAAAAAAACUGAGUCUUUGAAAGCAAUAAAACAUAAAUUUCUCAAAUUUUAUGACUAUCAUAGGUCAAAUACCAUUAGCCAGCUGAUGAAGCUUAAAAUUGAUGGACGGCCCGCAUCAGUUUAUUGUCACAUGGGAAAUUUUGGAUGCGGAGACGGUGGAUGGACAACGGUCAUGAAAAUCGAUGGCGAUAAGGUGUAGGAUCAUUCAUCAUUUGAUUGUGUAUUUUUAUCGCCAGAAAGAGCAAGAAAAUCUUGAAAAAGACCGUUGACAGUGGAUGAAAAGCUUUAUUCUUUCUUUAGUUCUUACGUAAUCUUUUCACCUAAUCUUUCUCAGUAGAGUGUGAAAAUGUACAAAAACUAGGGAACAUAAUAGUCAGACACAGAGAAGUGAUGCCUUCAGCAGCUUGUAAAAAUCCGUAUAAUGCCUACUACAAACGACAUUAAAUAAUUUACUCUCAUAUCUGUUUCUUUGGUAGAAUACCUUCAGUUAUAGCUCGGGAUACUGGAGUGAUCGAAAUGAAUACAAAGCAAGAGGAGGUGAGACUGGGUUUGAUUCACAAGAAACAAAGCUACGCACUUACUGGAGCACACCUUUCAGAAAGAUAUGCCUCGGUAUGAAGAUCAACCAGCAAACCCAAUUCAUUGUCCUUAACCAGCAAGCAGACUCGUUGUACUCACUAAUCGCCGACGGACAGCAUCGCACCACCACGUUAGGUCGUAACACGUGGGCGUCGCUGAUCGGUUCAGGAGUCUCCUUACAAAACUUAUGUCAAAGAGAAGGCUUUAAUGUGGUCAGCGAUCUUGCUUAUUAUAGAAAAGCUAGAAUCGGUAUACUUGGUAACAAUGAAGACCGCUGUGAUACAUGUGAUACCAGAAUUGGGUUUGGUACAGCUGGACAAGUAGACGGUGUUUUUUGUGGGAACAACGACAAAAAGGCUAUGGGAUAUAUCCUGGUUCAGUGAUAUUUAACUCUUUGACAACUUUAGCCUUUAGCUUCCUUCACAUAUUUAGUGAAACUAAAAAUGUGUAAAUAUCUUCGUUUGACUGCAUUAUUAUCACUUUUAUGGUGCUCAGUACUCUUAAGCCGUAAUGAGGCAUUUGCAUGAAUACAGGUCCUAUUCCUCAAAACGGACCAAACGCGAACGCCUGCAGUUGAUUUUGGAUAGACUGUCUCUAGGAAACAAAACCUACAUAACCAUCGGAUUUCGUAUUAUCAAAAUAACUGAAACCGAAAACAUAACUAAAAAUAUAGCAAAAUAACUAGCUUCUCAAUUAAUUAUUAUGAUGGAUUGGUUUCAUCCAUCAAAUUAGAGUAACUUCCAGCCGCAAUAACUUUCGUGAUUUCCCUAAUGACCCAUGUCAAGAAGCGUAGUUGUCCACGUAAAUCUUCACCAGUAAUUUUUCUUCAGUUGAGUCAAAGAAUGAUUAAUUAAUAUGUUUUAAAUAAAUACUUCCAAUGGAGCAUUGAUUGGUUUCAAAUUGCAGAUUAAUUUUUUGCACAAAGCUCUCUCUGAUUGCAAUUACGGGAACAGGUGUUCUAUACAGUUGGAGGCCAAUAUUUUUUCCUCCAAAAUUUAAGAUGUAAAUUGUUUAAAUUUUGUUAAUGUUUUAUAAAAAUCUGAUAAACUGUUCGGUAAUGAACCAUAAGCGCUAUGUUACUGCGAACAAUGGGCACUUUCUAUUUCUCUCUCUUCUUCAUGUUUUUCCUAUCGAGUAUCAAAGGCAAGCUUCAAUUUGACGGCAGUAGUGGUCUGAAGCGAGUGACAAAUGUAAACGGAUCUACAACUAAAAUAUCAUUCGGCAACUUUUUCGUUGAGAAGUUUCAUUGUCUUCAAGUAUCAGUUGCCUCAUCGAUUUUUGUUAGCAACUACAGAGAGUGUACUCUGAGCUGUGUCAACAGUCCACCAUGUUUGUCGUUCAACACCGGCUCGGCUGUUACUUUAGACGGAAAACUACGAUGUGAGUUGUUAAACGAGGAUAAAUACUCUGCAAAUCCAGGCCAGCUGGUCAGAUCACAAGAAUUUCAUCAUUACAGCAUCAAGGUAUUCAAAAGGGAAUUUUAAAUUCCAAACACUUGCUUCCUUCAAUCGAAAUAGUUGUUAACUUUGUCAACCUUCUUCUCGUCUCCUUUAGUUUAAUUUUUAUGUUACCCACCAAGUUGACCUAAAGGGUAUAAAAAAACACCUUUAUCUUUGUUAAUUUUCUUUUUUGUUGUGGAACAUAAACAGAACAAAAAUAUGACUUAAUGAUUACGUAAUCAGGAAAUACAGGGAUAAUUGCAGAGUGAUCGAAGUUUUAUUUUGUCCAUAGACACCAUGUUCAAGCUUUCCGUGUCAAAACAGUGGAACUUGCGUUCCCGAUUACAGUCAGAACGACUUUUACUGUGAUUGUGUUCCUGGAUACAAAGGAAAAUUAUGUCACACAGCCGGUACGUGAACUGUGCAUCUUCAAAGUAUGAAUAUCUAAUUUUGAAAAUUGUUAAAAAAAUCUAUGAAGUUUCAUGGGUAAUUUCUCUUAUUGAAGCGGAGUUACAUGUGAUUUAUGGCGCUGAGUGAUUUGUUUGAAAGCUGGAGUUAAAUUGCACAUGAUUCUCUUCUAUAUCUAAUAUAGAGUGAAAAUUUUCUUUAGCUAGCGCCUUUGUUAGGCGUAAACUAACCGAAAAAUUAAAGAACUUUGUCACCUGAAGACUUUUUCAAGCCGACAUUAAUUAAUGACUGAAAUUCGAAUUAUGUCGACUGAAGAUAAAAAAGAUAAAAUUUGCAUUUUAAGAACGUGUGUUCCAGUAAUUAAUUUCUAUCGCAAAUCUGCCCGAAAAGGUGGUUACUGAUUAGGAAUUAAGGUCGGCGAUCUGACGAUUUUCACGCUCUUCAAUUUUGAAAUUUAACAACUAACAACUAGUAUUGUGCAAUUUGUUAAUUAUGCAUUUUGCAGACUUUUGAAAGGGUUCCGUGGGUGAUCGCUUCAUUAAGUUCUCACGGUAAUUAGGGCUUCUCGAUGGCCUGAAGAAGGCUCCAAGUUUAUAACAUUCUUACAACGAGACUAUGUAAGCAAUCUACAACCCCGCCAAUAGUUCUUCGAGGAUAUUUUGCGAUGCUUUUAUUUUUCCUUUCAGUUUUUUCUUCAUGCAAAGACGUGUACGAUGUUUACGGGUGAGUAAAACUGGUAUUUUCCCGAGUUAGGAACUCUGGGUGAGUACUCUCCUUCGUGGUCGCAAGCUUUCUCGCCAAUUUUUUUUUCUUUUUGGCAGAUUUUUCAAAAACUCCUUGAUCCACCCUAAGAUAAAUCUGCAAUAAUUAAUGCAAAAUAAACUCUGCAAUAAUUUACAAAGUUCAAUCAAAGGAAAAAGUCUACGUUCGAAUCAAAUUACAAUUUGUAUUCAAAGUGUUUUGAUUCGCUUGAAAUAUUCAUUUAUUUAACACCUCAUUUGAAGUUCCUUCUAUACGACUUAACCAAUUGAAAAACUUUGGCAAUGUUCAGCUCAGGUCCUUUCACGUUAAUUUUUUCUCCUGCUAAAGAAUUCAAAGUCUCAAAAUUUAGUUCCCAGCAGAGAUUUCCGUCAUCUCGAAACGCAACAAUAUGUUCUCGAAAAAAAAUACAAAACGGCAAUUUGCGACACAAAACUCCCACAAAAUUUGCAUGGGACACAAUAUGUGUAUGCUUUUCCACCAAGAAGAAGGGGAAAAACCUGUACCGAAAAAAUAAGGAGGCAAAUAAUGUAUGAAGCCUAAAAAUAAACUUUAUUAUCAUGUCUCACGUUUCUUGAUUCUAAAGGUCAAAUGCAACCAGUAAUCAGUACACUCUAAUUAUCAACGGGAAGCCCACUACGGUUUACUGUCUCAUCGAUGAUCCAAACAGUUGUGGAGGUGGCGGUUGGACGACAGUCAUGAAGAUUAUGGGCGAAACGGUACAGUAACACUGAUUAUGUCAAUCUGAAUAUCUAACAGUUAUUGGAUUCGGUUUGCGCACGAUAGCGAGAGUUAUCAAGGCCGAAGCUGGUGUCAUCUGCCGAAGCAGAAGGUUCACACUAUCAGGAGACCUCUUGAUUUUUAUUUUUUCGUUCAAAGUACCAAACCUGUCAGUUGUGGUUGAUGUCAAUCGAUUUAUCAUUCUCUACUAGAAUAACAAAGCUAAUACGUUAAAUCAUGUGAAACAACGGUUUAAUAUCCAUCAAAUCCUAGGCUUUAAACUGGAGAACAAAGCUGUAAAAAUUUAUACCACUUUUGAAUGUCUCUUUUUGAUUUCUUUUCAUCUCGUAGAACACCUUUUCUUUCUACUCGGCCUUCUGGACCGAUAAAAGUGAAUACAACCCGCGUGGGGGUGAGAGUGGAUUAGACUCUAUUGAAACAAAGUUACAGACUUAUUGGGCAACACCUUUCAGCAAGAUUUGUCUUGGUAUGCAGAUCAACGGAUAUAACAGAUUUCUGGUCAUCGAUAGACAGGCUGACUCUUUGUACUCACUCAUCGCUGACGGAGAAUUCCGCUCCACCUCUGUAGGUCGUGCAUCGUGGAUAGCUAUCAGUGGUAACUUGGUCCACUUGCAACCCUACUGUGGCAAGGAAGGCUUCAAUGUACUCAACGGUAAUGGUGAUUUCAGAAGGGCUAGAAUUGGUAUCCUUGGAAACGACGAAGACCAAUGCGAAAGUUGUGAAACCGUUGUUGGGUUCGGUUUGCAAGGGAGUGAUGGUAACCCUAUUUCGUGCGGCGGAAGCGGCAACCUAAAAAGCGUGUGUUACAUCUUUGUGCAGUGAAGUGGAAUGGUUGGAAAAAAUUUGAUGCAGUUUGGCUAAUCUCUCAGAUUAAAAACUGUUAGAAUUCGUAAAAUUUUAUACUUAUACGUCAUGGUGAAGUGCAAAUGUGGUAUAGUACUGUCGUUUGUCUUGCCAUUUUGAUGUCACUUAGUUGCAGAUAGGGGCGAUCCGCCCUCAUACUGUCGGUUGUUUUUGUAGUUAUUGCGAAAGCGUUGGUAGUCCGCCAUGCAAGGCAGCGAAGUUCAUUGAUGAUUAAGUACUGUGGUAUGUCUCGCGACGUUGUCACUUUUUAAGUUGGCAGGCCUUCCCUUAGUAGGUAGUCGGUGAUCCUCCUCUUUACAUGAUAUUAAAACAGAAACCUUUCAAAACAUCUCCUUGGAGUCAGUUAAAAGUUUUCCUUUUCUCUCAAUCUACAGUACAUUGCAAGAUAAAAGUGGCCACUUUAACAUCGGGUAACAUUGCAAUGGGGGAGAGGGGGAGAUAGAAUGAAUGAAAGCCUGCUAAGACAUUUGCCACUCAUUGAAGUAAGAUUCUUCUUUGUGAUUGGUUAGUCGUUAACAGUUGUGUCUGACACAUUUUUUUUCCUCCCUGAUUUGGGAUCUAUUCCCUGAAAGGUUCGCUUUUUUACCACGUAAAUGUAGCUUGUGUUUUAUUCUUGGUCGUGAAAUUUCUUCUCCGUGGGUAUUUGACAUUUUAUGACUAGCGCCAAGUUAUAAAUUAACGUAUCCUUGAGGAUCUUCAAUUAACUUUUUAAACCACAGCCUGGGACAAGAGACCGAUUGAAAAUCAAUCGCACAUACAACGGCUUCAUAAACUUUCGACUUUUAUUUGGACUUACAUUCUUUUUCUGUGGUAUAUGAAAUAAAUAAAAAAUUCACAAUGCAAGGAGUAAGUGUUUGAGAAAUUGACAUUGUCUGCUAAGGUAUCUCGUGGCCUUUGUAGAAAUUCGAAUAAUUCCCUCACGAGAUAUAUUGCAUCAAACACUAAAUGAGUCGAUAUGAACUGGACACGCUUAAAACACUAUUUCGUACUGUAUAUACACGUAUCCUAAAAAUCUGAACAGACAUGUAUACAGCAUCUAAAUAUGCACUGCCCCUGAACACAGCAGUGGCUUGAAAUAUAUUUAUCUUCCUGCCUGAGUGUAAUACAGUAGUUGAUGGCGUUUUUGUUGUUUUUGCUGGUUCUAACGGUUUAAUUACUAACACACCCUUCAUACUUUAUUCGGUGCAUUGUUACUGCAUGUGUAAUUUAGCUGCCUUUGUAGCAUUUUUACAGGAUCCCAGAGUACAGCCACAUUUAUUAGAGGUGUUUGACUCAAACAUUUUGAAAUCUUCAUCCUAAACACCAAGAAUUUGUCCUUUGCAAAUUCUCAUCAGCCCUUCAAUCUAUAGAUGCUUUUUUUUUUUGUUAUCUAAUUUUUAGUUUGGCUCGUUUCUUCUUUUUCUUUUCCUGAAUAAAACAAACCAUUCUGUAAUUUUUCUCGAAAUUCAAAGUUAACUUUCAUAAUAACGAAGGUUAGCACCUCAAAGCGUCUUAAUUUAAUUAUAUGCAUGCAGAAAUUUCAGCAUGGUCAUUGGCUGAGAACAAGUCAAUUAAUCCCAAACAGUGCAGAAAGUUGAAAUUGAGAUUUAAUUGACUAACGGAAAAGAUACGAAAGCAAAACAAUGCGUGACAGAGAGCAACGAAGCAACUUUCGACGGAAAAGCCCGAAAUAAGCUCGACUAAUAUUGCAAGUAUGUUAUGUACAAGUAAUCACAUGAUUUACCCCAAGCAAUAUGGGAUAAAUCAGCGCAAGAAAAUUUUCCGAAUUUACAGACCAUGAUAAAUUCACUCGUGUUGACUAGACACAAGUUGCACUCAAAAUCACAUGGUCUACUAUACUAAUAUAUGAUACGAACCUUGAAAGAACGAUAAACCUAAUUCCUGAAAUAAUUUCAAUAAUUCAUAGAGUUUCCUUGGGUUAUAUAUUGUUUGAACUUUAACAACACAGUUAAAAACAAUAAAAUCGGUGGAAAGUGUACAAAAACGUUCACAGUGAAAGCGGCUACAGUUUUGAUUGAAAGUUAGUAAGGGUCCACUCCAGUGGGGUUUAAUACCUCUUAAUUUUGUCUUUCAUUAGGCCAACGCGAAGGGAGACUCUGUUCUAGUUGUUAAUGAACUAAAAACAUCGAAAUAGGGAACACAACAAGACCGUUCAAUAAGCUCAGCGUGAGACAGACAGGUGAUCUGCGAUAUGAAGCACUUAGUAGGUCCAGACUAAGCCCUCAAACUUAUUUUGCACAGAAACGUGAUGGCGUUUUGAAAUAUUUCAACCAUAAAGUGGUCCAUCAUGUAUAUGAAAUUUCAAGGACCUUUUCCUGUUUGUCUUUUAAUGUUGUAUUCGUUUGCUCUCAAGUCAGAGAAAAGCCAACUUUAUAUUAACGACAGAGCUGGUUUACAGAGACGAGUUCAUGUGCAGGGAAGCAGGUUAUCGUACGGAAACUUUGUAGUUGACAAGUUCCAUUGCCUUCAAGUAUCAGUUGGUUCGAAUUUAUCACGCGUAUCGUGAGCAACUACAAAGAGGGUGCUUUCAAUUGUGUGGAAAAUUCGCCAUGUUCUUCAUUAUGAAUGAAAGUGAUCUUCGCAGUGAUGUGCACUACUUAGGCAGUAGUGAAAAUAAGGCCUGAAAAAAAUUCAGGCCUGUACGGGAUUUGAACCCAUGACCUCUGCGAUACCGGUGCAGCGCUCUACCAACCGAGCUAACAAGCCAACUGGGAGCUGGUCAUGAUGGUGGUUCUAAAUAAACCCGUGAAGUGAUGAAUAGACGGUAAACGAGGAUAAAUACUCUGCAAGUCCAGGGAGACUGGUCACUUCACAGGAAUAUCAUCAUUACAGUCAUCAAAGUAACAGUAAGCCAACUCUGUUGAAAAAAAAAAACUGAAUUCAGAUUCUGAUGACUGGGAGAAUGUCAUGAUUUCUCUGAGGAAAUUGAACAUUAUAUAAUCUAAAGAAAACUAAUGUGUGAAAAAGUAGUAUAAUUGUCCAAAAGAUGUGAAAAUGAUUUAAAUAAAUAUGAGAUAGCAGUAUAUGAAGGCAGACUAAUCGCAACAGCGUACUUGAAAAGAUGCGUGCGUUGAAAAAAUAGUAAGUGCUUAUUUAUUUAGCAAUUGGCUACGCCUCGAGCAACUCUUACGCAUCUUUCGUGCUCUCCAAAAUUCCCGCGUGCUUCAUAUCUCGAUGAACGCACGCUGACGUAUGAACCAAUUGUUUUAUAACAUUUUCAACCCGAUGGAAAAUUUUUUGUCUCGACGGAUUUGUUUGCUGACGUCGUGAGCGUGCUCAAUAGGAAUAUGAAGCACACUCGCGCAAUUGAAUUUGAUUAGACAAAUUUACUAGCUAUGUUAUAAUCCAAACUGCAGGAGAAAAAUAAUAUGAUUGCGUGGUAAUAAUAUACAUGAAAAAAUACGUGAUAGCUUAUCAUAAUUAUGCAGAAGCAGAGCGCGCGCAUCAAGUGCAAAAAUAAUUUAUUCAAACCUGUGCAUUCGGUCAAAACAACCGCGUACGAUCAAAAGAGUAAUAUACAAUGAUAUUUUCACAUCUUUAAGAUGCAAAAAAGUUCAAAGUGCGGCUAAACAGUUCAAGGAAUUGUUCAGUCUGUGCGCGAAUAACUUUCGAUGGAAUGGAAUCGCCGUUUGCGUUUACAGUGUUUUCGUUGUUAGAGCUGUUUUUAAGCUGCUGUAUUGUUGUUGCGGUGGCGAAAGGAAACCUACAAGCUGGCCAUUUUUUCGCUCGCAAAUUUUCAUUGUAGCCAAAUGUUGCGACAUCCAAGGCUCGCAUUUGGUUGGCUAUCUGUGAAUUUCUUUGAUUAUUGACCAAUCAGAAUGUCUGGUUUAUUACUUUCUUUACACUGAAUUAACCCUCUUCUACAUUUAAUUUCUUGAAAACUGCAUUUAUCUUAACUAAUCAGAAAUGAGUAAUUUUUUCAUGUAUAUUAUUAAAAAGGGUAUAGCUAUAAUUUUAUUUUUCCUUUUCUGUUGUAUGUAUGUUUCUUUUCUUUUUUUGUCCCAAACAAAGGAAACUAUUCUGUAAUUUUCCCAACUUUAAGGCGAAUUUUCACAUUUUACAUCAAAAUACAAUUGGGCAACCUAUGUAGAAAUAAAUUUUGCUGAUUUUUCCUAAACUGCACUCGAAAUAAUAUGAUAGCCCACACUUGACUUUGAUACUUGCCUUGAAAUAACGAUAAGCUUUAUUUCCGAUGUUACCUCGAUAGCUGAUUCAUCGAGUUGCUUUUGACAUAUAAAAACCCAAAAGAAAAUGACAAAAACAAAUAAACUAGCAAAACCAAAGAAUUGAAUUUGUGCCAAUUGUACAGGGUUUUUUGGUAGUGCUGCUAAUUGGCUCAAAACAUAGUGAUUAGGCCGCUCAGGAUACUCAGCAUGAGAGGGACAGAUGAUCUGUGUUGUGAAUUAGUUGGUCGUUACUAAGUUCUGUAAAUAUUAUACACACAAACAUGGUAAUACUUCGAACCAUUGGAAUGGCAAAACGCUCUGCUACGUAUAUGAAAUGGCAAGGACGUUUUCCUGUUUUUCGUUUUGUAUUGUACUCAUUUGCUCUUGAGUUGGUUCAAAGCCAACUUCAUCUCGACGGCAGCGCUGGUUUACAGGUAGGAGUCCUGGUGCAGGGAAAUAGGAUAUCGUACGGAAACCUUGCGGUUGACAAGUUCCAUCGUCUUCAAGUAUCAAUUGGUUCAUCGACUGUUGUCAACAACUACAGAGAGUGUGCUCUGAGCUGUGUUAACAAUGCGCAAUGUCUUUCCUUCAACGUCGCCUCAUCACCACGUACAGACAAAAAAUUUCGAUGUGAGUUGUUGAACGAAGAUAAGUACUCGGCAAGUCCAGGACAAUUAGUUAUUUCACAGGAAUAUCAUCAUUACAACAUCAAGGUAUAUUCACACAAAUUCACUAUGAUUCUGACAUUGUCGGAAAAAAAUCACUGAGUUCAGAAUCUCCAACUGGGAGAAUGUCCUGUUUACUUUGAGGGUAUGAAACAUUAAUAUAUGUUAUUAUCCAAAAAUGCAAAAGUCUACAAAAAACAGUACAGCUCAGAUAAGUCAGAUUGUUAUAAAAUAACAGUUACAUACAUCGCAAGAGCGGAUUUAUGAAGAUUUGAGUUAAAUUUCAGCAUAGGCCCCUCGUUAAAGGAAAAAAAAUAAUUACUUUUGGUAUGAUUACCCUGCGGAAAGUUUGCUCAUUACGUAAUUUGCUUUGAUAUGACAACAAUCUAAGAGGAUUGUGGCUAUACAAGUUUGUCGUGUCCAUUUUUUAUCAACGAAAUGUACUCAUCAAAACUAUUCAGUGAGAUCUGUUUCCAUUAUCAAAGAGAAGCAGUUUUUUCAGGAACAAAGUAAAUGAAUCGACUCAUAACUUUUUUUUUAUCGCAAAACUUUUGUCCACAGACACCUUGCUCAAGCUUUCCUUGUCAAAAUAACGCAACUUGCGUUCCAAAUUAUACUAAAAAUCAGUAUCACUGUGAUUGUCGCCCUGGAUAUGGUGGAUUCCUCUGUGAAACAGGUAGGAUGAGAUAUUGACAGGAGUCCAAAAACAUUCAUACUAUGACCAUGAGAUAUAUUUUUUCUGAUAAUAUACAUGAAAAAGUUACCCAGUUCUUAUUGGUUAAGAUAAAUGCAGUUUUCAAGUAAUUCAAUGCAGAAGAGGGUUAAUUCAGUGCAAAGAAGUAACAAACCAGAAAUUCUGAUUGGUCGAUAAUCAAAUAAACUCAUAGAUAGCCAAUCAAAUGCGAGCCUUGGAUGUCGCAACAUUUGGGUACCCUGAAAAUUUGCGAGCGAAACAAUGGCCGGCGUGUUAAGUGGGUUUUCUUUCGUCACCACAACAACAAUACAGCAGCUGAAAACAGCUCUAACAACCUAAACACUGUAAAAAGCACUGCCUUUUAGUUGUCGGUUUGGAAAAAAAGUGGUGUUUAGAGAAGGAAAUUGCCAAGGAAAUCGAAAAUUACCAGCAGACUCAGCUCAAUACUUUGCUCGAGAUUCCACGCCGAAAUUGAAAACAAACAUGGUUAAACCCGGCAAACGACGAUUCCAUUUCAUCGAAAGUGAUUCGGACAUAGACUGAACAAUUCCUUAAACUUUUUAGCCGGACUUUGAUUUUCUUUUUUUUUUUUUGCGCCUUAAAGAUGUGAAAAAAUCAUUUUUAAUUUUUCCCCAGUUCGUGAGCGGGCGGUAUUCUACAAAUCCUCCAAUCUGAUUGGUUCCGAGAGCGGGCAGUAUUAUCCCCAUACGGCCCGCUCACAGCGGGUGGUAUCCGAUCCUUUGUUUUAAAGUUUUCUUGGAAGCCUUUUAAAUCACCUUUUAAUAUCAUUACGCAAAUAAAUAUGUUUUGAUGAAACCUCUCUCUUUCAUUUGCAUUGCCUUUGUUUUCUCUACCAUCUACUCGCUCAUAAAUUGUUCCGUUUAUGGAGAAUCUUGCCGUAAUUACAGCCCUUUAUCAUUCAGGUUCUUUUCGCAACCAUUUGUUAGGUUUUUAGAAAAAAAUAAAAAUGUUAUUCACCAGCCAAGGUCGGUCCGUAUUAGGAAAAACUGUGCCCUCUGUCUUGUGUAUCCAAGACCUCGGGCACAGUUUUUCCCAAUACUGACAGACCUUGGCUGGUGAAUAACACACACAUAUAUAUUUUUUGAUCGUACGCGGUUGUUUUGACCGAACGCACAAUGUCACUUGCAGGGUUUGAAUAAAUUAUUUUUGCACUUGAUGCGCGCUUUGCUUCUGCAUAAUAAUGAUAGGCUAUCUCGUAUUUUUUCAUGUAUGUUAUUAAUACGUAAUCACAUAAUUUUUCUCGUGCAAUUUGAAAUAAAUUGCGUGAACUGAUUUCCUUUUCAUCUCUAUCUGAAACGCUGUCUAUUACUUAACUACAUUAUCGAUAAACCAUGGCCAGCUGCUCUUAUCUAACCAUUUCCAAAAAUCUUUCUCCGAAAAGACAUCAACGAAUGUCCGCCAUUUUUACCCGCACAAACGCAAAGCUUAGCAACGGGUUGCACUGCCUCUUACUCAUGCACUCACUCUGUUUACGCAAUCCUUAGCAAUGUUGCAGAACGAAUUGAAGCUGAAGGAAUAAGGAUUUAACUCAAAAUAUCACCCCGGCACAAAUCUAUUGAAUAUUUGGAUGUUUUAAUUUUUUGUUUAAACCUAAUGACUGAAAAACUAUUUUUAUUGCUUUCAGCAUUACGCUCGUGCAACGACGUGUACCUUUCUCGGUAAGUUAUUAAGUUGCAUCCUUUUACCAUUUUACAAUUUGAUGCAUUUUUGAAAACUUUCAUUGAAGAACGUGAUGAUCUGGGUGAGUUUGGUAAUGAGUUUUCAUAUAAAAGACAUAGAACGGAUUUUUUUUCCACACUGAAAUGUCUCACUAAGACAAAAACAAAUUGCGAUUUAAAAAACUGGUGGUCUGGGAAGCAACAGAACUAAAUCAUAGAUCGUUACUGGAUAAGCAUACUCAUAUUCUGCCCUGAUUUGAUUCUUUGACUGAGUUCUCCUUUUUCAAAGGUCAAAUGCUUCCAGUCAACGAUAUUCACUCUUCGUUGGAGGACAACUGACCUCUGUGUAUUGUCACAUGGGGGAUUUUGGGUGUGGCAGUGGUGGCUGGACAACAGUUAUAAAAAUGGAUGGUAAUAAGGUAAGCUGCACAAAGAAAGAUGUUAUUCAUUUUAUUACCCCUGGCCGGGGUAUAAUUUCCUCCAAAGGAACUGGUGAAUUACAGAGACCUCAGUGGUAAGCUAGAUCAUAACUAGGUUCAUAUGCAAAGCGCAUGCUACACACUGCUAAGAUCAGCAUUGUUGAUGGCGUCUUGUGCGUGCAAAUUAAACAACAAGAGAGUAAAUUUUGAGCUUGGUUAUCGCAGGUACACUGUAUUAGCUAAUAAUAUGGAGGUUGAAGUUCAACUUUGUUUCCGAACGAUUUAUAGCGAACUUUGCCCAUUUUUCUUUUCGUAACAAGCCGGCAAAUCAAGCAUAUACUUUGCCCCUUCGAUCUUUAACUAAAACACCUCUUUUCCUCCCUUUUUUUGGUUUUUGUUUGUUUGAUUUUUGUUUGCUUGUUUUCGUCUGCUUUUUUUUUCCAUUGUUGUAUUUUUUUAAAGCUUUUCUUUCAUUUUGUUUCUUUUUAAGCAAACUUUUCACUUUCACUCUUCAUACUGGAACCUCGCAAAUGAGUACAACCUUGCUGGAGGAGAGACUGGGUUCGACUCGCAAGAGACCAAGUUACGAACCUAUUGGAACACGCCCUUCCACAAGAUUUGUCUCGGAAUGCAAAUCGAUCAGCAGGAAAAAUUCAUAGUGCUAACCGAGCAGGCCAGUUCAUUGUAUUCACUGAUUGCUGACGGAACUCAUCGCCCCACAUCAUUGGGCCGUAGCGCAUGGUUAUCGCUUAUCGGUGCACAGGCUUCGUUACUACCUUAUUGUAACAGAGAAGGAUUCAAUGUGGUCGGCGGUCAUUCUGAUAUGGGCAAAGCUAGAAUUGGUAUUCUUGGUAACAAUGAGAACGACUGCUAUACUUGUGAUAGCAGAAUCGGAUUUGGUACGGGAGGGUUACAUGAAGACAGCAAUACAUGCGGAAAUGGUGGCGCUCAAAUCAGAGCUAUGGGAUACAUCUUAGUGCAAUAA